GAAGAAAAAGAAAAAGGACAAGAAGAAGAAGAAGAAGAAGAAGAAGGACAAGAAAAAGGAUUCCAGCUCUUUAUCUUCAUCCUCGUCUUCAUCUUCUGACAGUGAUAAAGACAAGAAGAAAAAGAAGAAGAAGGACAAGAAAAAGAAGAAGAAGAAGGAUAAGAAAAAGGAUGAAGAGCAGAGUGAAUCCUGCAGUGCUGAGGCUCUUUCAGCAGCUGAUGGUGAGACUGCAGGACCAUGUGCAGAUGGAGAUAAAAACACAGAUGCAGCUGCUGACAAGGUCAAGAAAGAGCUGAAAGCAACAGAAGAAGACAAAGUGUCCUCUUCAUUGGCAGGGGGAGCAAAGGCAUUCCCUGAUGGUAUGGAGGAAGGCCACUUGAGUGAUGAUGAGGGAGAAGGAGAGGACGAGAAGGAUAAGAAGAAGAAGAAGAAGUUGAAGAAGAAGAAGAAGAAGGAUUCUUCUUCUGACUCCUCCAGCCAUUCUUCUAGUGAUGAUGAUAAGAAGAAAAAGAAGAAGAAAAAGGAUAAAAAGAAGAAGAAAAAGAAAGACAAGAAGAAGGACUCAGAUUCUUCUAGCAGUGAUGACGACAAGAAGAAGAAAAAGAAGAAGGACAAAAAGAAGGACUCAAGCUCCAGUUCAUCAAGUUCAUCUGGUAGCUGCAGUGGCAGCGACAAGGAAAAUAAAAAGGACAAGGACAAGAAGAAGAAAAAGAGUUCGGGCACAGAUGGAAGUGACACUGACAAGAAGAAAAAGAUUGACACCCUUGAUGCUGAGCAAAGCACUAAGCCAAAAACAGAAGUUUCAGGCUCAGGUGGCAGCACCCUAUCAGCUCCCAGUGGCAGCAGCUUUAAGCACAGUGGUGCUUCUGCCGGUCCUACUGCCGGUCCUACUGUCGGUCCUACUGUCAUCUCCUACGUGUCACUCCCAUCCAAGCCGACAGUGAGUACAGAUCCUCUGAAUCCUUCAGCUUUCUCCAAGCCUUCUGUCUCCAGCACUUCACUGAGCAUGGGCGACAGGGUCACCAUCCGCAGACCUCCCAGCCCCAUGGAGUCUCUGAUGGGGAGCCCAAGGAGGUAUGGAGACGUAGGGGCCCGUACCACUAGCCACCUGAGUGCUAGUGACCUACUGAAAGGCCCCAAGCCUUACCAAUGAUGAGAUGUCACAGACCAAACUAGAUGUUACGUUUUGUUUUUUUUAAAUGCGUGACUUACAUGACACUGGUUGAUGUUGAAUGGGAUGAUGAGGUGUUGGUUCACAAUCAUAGAGAAUAAUUCAGAAUCCUUCCAGAAUCGUUUUGCAGAAUAAAACAAUAUGAUUUUA